AUGAACGCCUCUGACGAGCCGUUCACCUCAAGAAUCUUCAUCGGUCUCUGUGUCUCGAUGCAGCAUGUAUUGGGAAGACAGGCAUUGAGCACCUUCAUUCAAGUGAAUCCCCUGGGCUGGGGAUUAGCGCUGGGAUUUUGCGUGUCUAUCUACUCACCUGAAGCUCAGAUUGUUGGAACUGCGUGUCUAACAUUUUUCAUCACCGUUUUUACCGAUAAGAGAAAUAAGAUUCCGGGAGGAAUCGUCGCCUCAUUGGUGGGGUUGACGCUCUUUUUGAUAGAUACAGCUCUGUAUUACUUGGGGAUCCCGAUGGUGGCCCCGUUCAUUGGAGGUCCGUUGGGUGGAUGGCUGUAUCAUAUAUUCGUUGGUGUUCACAUUCCGUACGACAUCGACGAUGAGGAUCGACCAGAAACGGCCGCCGUU